UUUACUCUCUUUUCUUCUACUCCCACAAAACCUCCAUUUUCAUGCACAUUUAUAUAAAUUCCGAUGGCAAUUAGGCACUGAAAAUCAAGAAUUAAAGUUGCCGGAAAAUGAUGCAUACCAAAUCAGAGUCCGAUGUUACUAGUUUGGCUCCAUCUUCCCCUUCAAGAUCACCCAAGAGGCCCGUCUACUUUGUCCAGAGCCCUUCUAGGGAUUCUCACGAUGGCGACAAGUCCACGUCUAUGCAGCCGACUCCAAGCUAUAGCCCCAUGGAAUCGCCGUCGCACCCUUCUUUUGGGCGCCACUCCCGGAAUUCCUCGGCCAGCCGAUUUUCCGGCAUCUUCCGGCAGUCGUCCGGGAGGAAGAACAGAGGGAAUAAGAGGAACGAUAAGGGGUGGCCCGAGUGUAAUGUGAUUCUUGAAGAGGGGAAGUACGAUGAAAUUGAGGGAAAAGGGUUUACUCGGAGGUUUCAAGCUUUGAUGGCUUUGUGUGGGUUUAUUGCUCUGUUUACUGUCUUUUGUUUGAUCAUUUGGGGCGCUGCUAGACCUUUCAAACCAGAGAUUACUGUCAAGAGCUUGUCGAUGAGUAACAUCUAUGCCGGCGAAGGUUCGGAUUCCACCGGAGUUCCGACUAGGUUGCUGUCGGUGAAUGGGUCUCUGAGAAUAACCGUCUAUAACCCAGCUACUUUUUACGGUAUUCAUGUCAGCUCUACACCCAUCAAUCUCGUCUAUUCCGACAUCACUGUCGCCACCGGGCAGUUGAAAAAGUAUUUUCAGCCGAGGAAGAGUCACCGGACCGUGGAGGUGAAUAUACAAGGAACAAAAGUACCGUUGUACGGCGCGGGAUCCAGUCUGGCGGUGUCGGCCACCGGCGCCGUCCAAGUUCCGUUGACACUGGAUUUAGAACUGAAGACGAAGGGAGAUGUGGUCGGAAAAUUGGUGACGACGAGGCGCCGGAGAAGGAUCUCCUGUCACGUGGUUAUUGACUCUGCCAGCAACAAACCUAUCAAGUUCAAGAAGAGUUCGUGCGUUUACAGGUGAAGAAAUUAAAACUCCAUGGUUUUUGUGACCAUUUUGGUGUAUCAGCUUUCUGUAAAAUUGUUUCAACUUUUUUUUUUUUUGAGGCAUCAUAUAUCAUAGUAAUAAUGUGGAUGUACAGAGUGAGAGAUGAAACAUGUUCAUCCGAAAUGAAUAAAUGUUCAGCAAUUGAUUGUGUAUAGCACAUUAAAAGAAGUAUAUGAUUUUGUGAGUAUAUCUGUAAGUUUUGCACAUAAAUGUUGCAGAAUAAGACAGGUUGUAUAAAUUAUUUAGAGUGAUAAACACAUUUUUAGUUCAUCGUUUA